GAGUAUGUAUAUGUUUGAUUGAAGUACAAAAAAACAACAAUGCUACAACCUUAAUUUCAUCACCAUCUCACCGUUAACGUUGUUGAGACCUCCGCCAACUGCUUCUUCGAUGCACUCGAGGAAUCCAUUCUCUACUCUUCCCUCAUAAGAACAUCGCCAUUGUUUCAACAAUCAUUCCCAUUUCUGCUUCUCAAUUCUCUUCAAUUUCCCCCAUUUCAAGAAAAAACCAAAAAAUGUCUCGUCUCCUGCAGACUACAUUCAUCCCCACUACGCCCGCCUCCCUGCGCCGCCACUCCACCGGUGCCCCGCCGCUGACCCGUAUUCGUACCCGAACCCGCGUGGUGGAAUCGAAGAUCCGAGAGAUUUUCAUGCCCGCAUUGAGCUCAACCAUGACUGAGGGCAAGAUUGUGAGCUGGGUCAAGUCCGAGGGCGACAAGCUCGCCAAGGGCGAGUCCGUUGUCGUUGUCGAGUCCGAUAAAGCGGAUAUGGAUGUCGAAUCGUUCUACGAUGGGUUUCUAGCUACGAUUAUUGUUCCCGAGGGAAGUUCGGCUCCCGUGGGUUCCCCAAUCGCGCUUUUAGCAGAAUCCGAGGAUGAAAUUUCGAUUGCCCAAUCGCAAGUCCCGUCUCCUGCCCCCGCCGCCGCCGGAGAAUCUAAGCCCGCGUCUUCCCCGGCAGUGGAAGAUGUUUCUCCGGUGAAUAUUUCUUCUUCUGCCGCCGUCAUUGAGGCGGUGGCGAAAUUGGGGUCGGCGGCGCAUCCGGCGUCGGAGGGAGGGAAGAGAGUGGUGGCAUCUCCUUAUGCGAAGAAGCUUGCUAAGGAUUUAGGGGUUGACUUGAGGGGACUUUCCGGGAGUGGGCCCAGCGGGAGGAUUGUUGCUAAGGAUGUUGAAGCAGCCGCAGCCGCCGCCGUUUCUGCUGCCGUGAGUGGCGGCGCCGCGGCAGGAAAACCGAGUGCUCCGGGGGUGGAGUUAGGGAAGACUGUGGCGUUCACUACUAUGCAGAAUGCUGUGAGUAGGAACAUGGUGGAGAGUUUGGCAGUGCCCACAUUUAGAGUAGGGUACAGCAUUACUACAGAUGCACUUGAUGCCCUUUACAAGAAGAUCAAGUCGAAGGGAGUUACGAUGACAGCAUUAUUAGCGAAAGCUACUGCUCUUGCACUCGUUCAACAUCCUGUUGUGAAUGCAAGUUGUCGAGAUGGGAAGAGUUUUACGUACAACAGCAGCAUCAACAUUGCCGUUGCAGUGGCUAUUGAUGGCGGGUUGAUUACUCCUGUAUUGCAGGAUGCUGACAAGAUUGAUAUAUAUUCAUUGUCAAGAAAGUGGAAGGAGUUAGUUGAUAAAGCUCGGGCCAAGCAGCUCCAGCCUCAAGAAUAUAAUACAGGCACUUUUACUCUAUCCAACCUUGGGAUGUUUGGAACAGAUCGAUUUGAUGCCAUCUUACCACCCGGAACUGGUGCAAUUAUGGGCGUGGGAGCUUCGAUACCAACUGUUGUUGCCACGGAGGACGGAAGGAUUGGCAAAAAGAACCAAAUGCAGGUAAAUGUCACUGCUGACCAUCGAAUAAUAUAUGGUGCUGAUCUGGCUUCUUUCUUGCAAACCUUGGCGAAGAUAAUCGAGGACCCCAAAGAUCUUACCUUCUAGUUCUUCCUCAUCAUUGAAAAUUCGAGGUUUUAUUUUAGUGUAAUUGCUCUAUAGUUUUUAGUUUCACGAUUGCAAUUAUAUAUGCCACCCUAAUUGCGGUUGAGAAGAAGAGAAUCAACAGAACGAACAAAUUCUUUCGAGUUUAAACUAUCGUUUACAUUUUUUGUGGUCAUGAACUCAGGUGCAACGAACAGCUGUUUCAUCAGCUCAUUUAUAUGAAAUUUCAAUUGUUUGAGUUUUUUUGAAUCAA